AUCCAUUGUAGGCUCUGCUCUCUUCAAGACGUACCCAACACAGAAGUAAACACCGGCCGUUUGCACGCACCCUAAAGGCCUCGGUUCCAUGGCCUAACCAGCACCAAAAAGCACUGAAAAGAAGUGUGAACAAGCAAGGAGGGCCACAAAGAAGCGAUACAAAGCGAACAGGUCAAAAGAAGGAGGAGGCAGCAAUGAUUCGUACCUUUCUGUCGAACUCCCAUUUGAGUACAGCAAAAUGCAGAACACUUGGAGCAGCCUCCAGGAGUCUCCAUACAACACCCACAGCAAGGAAGGCACAAGCAGGCCGGUACAGGGUUACAAGAGAUAGGUCGAGGCCUCUGACCUAUGAAAUGGCAAAUCAGCCCUUUAUGAUUGCACAUCGGAAGUCAUGGAAUAGUUGGAAUACAACAAGUUUGUACGAGGGAAUGCGAGAACCAGAAACUGUCGUGGAGGACAUCUUUAUCCGCAAAUUCAUGACUGGGACAUGGCAUAAUCUGUUUGUUUCAGAGGUAAUUAUCAAGAGGCAACACAACAUGGUCAGAAUUGCAGGGAUUAUCCAGCAUAAAAUAUCUCCCCAGAAAAUGUAUUUCCUCAUUGGUUAUUGUGAGGAGCUUCUGUCAUAUUGGCUUAAAUGUCCUGUAAAGUUAGAGCUACAAUCAGUACCUAACAAAGAAGAUGUAAUUUACAAAUAUAUAUAAUACAGUUUUUCAUGAUGGUAAAAUUAAUCAUUGUACAUGUUGAUCAAUAUAAUGUGUAAUUUA